UUUGAAAGCUUUCGAUAUUUCCUUCCCUUUAUAAGUGAAGCUUAAAUCAAAUGAUAUAACAAUGUUGCAACAAUUACAAUCACCAUUCACAUAUACUGCUCCAGAACAUAUUCCAAAUCACAAUAACAACUUGUUAUUGCCAACCCCCACAUUCUCAGAAAAGAGUCUGGACAGCACAGUUUAUUGCUUGCAAACACCAAUAUCACCUAUUAAGAAACAACUAACUAUGUUUGAAAACAAUUUGUCAAUGAUUCAUCUGAAGGUAUCGAUGAUGGAAGACUGUGCAUUGAAACGAGAAAUAUUUCAAUUGAUUCAAAACUCCGUACACAUAUUACAAGAAGUCGAAGACAACGACACUUUGCCUCAAAGAACUUUUGAUGAAUUCAUAAUACAUACUCCACCUUCAUCAUUUGAAGAAACUUUCAUAACACCUCCACCCUCAUCUAACCAAGAGUUUUGCUACCAAACACCAAGAGAUAAGAUUAUUGACUAUGAAAAUUGUGCACCACCAGCACCACCCAAGCAACCUAACUUUGAUCACGCUAUUACCAACUUGAACUGCUCCAAUUUACCAAAUAUAAUAUUUUCAGAAGAAGAUUUGUUGGCUGAUGGAACUGUUCAAUUCAAUCAACAUUUCUUGGACUGGGAUUCAUUUGAAUUUGAUUCUCAAGACUUGUCAUUUUGAAACUUGAACACAUUUCCACACAAAAGUAUACCCUGUUUGAAGUAUGUUCUACUUUUCAUUUUUAAUUCUCCGUACAUUGAAUUUUUAUUUUGUUAUUUGGUUCUAGUUUGAUUCAUUUUUUUUUUCUUUUUUUUUGCAGCUGCGCUUUUUUGGGUUCGCUUGAUUUUUAAGUUUGAUUAAAGUUUAUUUGGACUACAAAAAGAUUAUUGGGGUGUGUUUGUUUGGUGUUAGGUUGUCAUUUCAAUUCGUUCUCGCUAAUACUAGUUUAAUUCAUAGGUAUUAUUUGUGUAUACAUUUAAAUACUAUACG